GUGUCGUUUGUGUGUGUGAUGCUGUCGGUGUUGGUUGAUUUGAUGCUUUACCAGCAUUUCCUGGACUGAAAAUAAGCAUUGUCAGUGAUAUUAUCAGGCAGAUUGCACCGAAGUGUCUGGUGUAACUCCGUGCCCAAACUCUGCACUUUAAAAGUUAUUUCUGAUUUCACUUCUUGGUCUUCUGGUGGUUGCAAUUAAUCCAUCCAAAAUGCUUGAAGACACUGUGAAUGAGGAGACUGACAGCAUGAAGGAAGUUCCUUUGAAGACUCGGUCUGAGACGGUGGACCUGAAUGACGCCGAUCUGGUGGUCGACAUCUCUGACGCCCUGAGCGAGCGUGACAAGGUCAAGUUCACCGUCCACACGAGGACGACACUGCCGUGUUUUGCCAAGCCGGAGUUCUCUGUAGUGCGGCUACAUGAGGAGUUCAUAUGGCUUCACCACAGCCUCGAGGAAAACGAACGCUACUCGGGCUUCAUCAUCCCCCCGGCGCCGCCCCGUCCCGACUUUGACGCCUCCCGAGAGAAGCUGCAGAAACUGGGCGAGGGCGAGGGUAACAUGACCAAGGAGGAGUUCAACAAGAUGAAGCAGGAAUUGGAACAGGAGUACCUGGCUACCUUCAAGAAGACCGUGGCCAUGCACGAGACGUUUUUGACGCGGCUGGCGAACCACAACGUGUUCAGGGAUGAGCACAACUUCAAGGUCUUCUUGGAGUAUGACCAAGAUUUGUCGGUGCGCGGCCGUAACCGCAAGGAGCGUCUGGAGGGUCUGAUGAAGUCCUUCAGCAAGACCACGGACGAGCUGCUGCUGCAGGCCACUCAGCGCGACGUCGAUGAGUUCUUUGACCACGAGAAGAGCUACGUCAUCGUCUUCCACGAGCACAUCAAGGAGGCGACCCAGCGCGCCGACCGUAUGACUCGUGCCAGGAAGAACGUGGCCGAUAGCUACAUCAAGGUGUCUGGCGGCCUGACGCAGCUGGGCACCUUCGAGUGCAGCGAGCUCGACCGUUUCCUGCACGUCGUCUCUGACAUCUUCGAAAAAGUCCGCAAAAACGAGAACCGUGUGGCCUCUGACGAGGACCUGAAGCUCUCCGACCUGUUGCGUUACUACCAGCGCGACGCCACGGCCGUCAAGAGUCUGCUGUUCCGCCGUCUGCGCUGCCUCGCCGACUACGAGCAGGCGAACAAGGCGCUGGAGAAAGCGCGCGCCAAGAACAAGGAUGUGCCGGUGGCUGAAAUGGGCCAACAGCAGGCGUGUGAGAAGUUUGAGCACAUCUCCACCAGGGCAAAACAAGAGCUGAAAAGCUUCAAAAUCCGGAGGGUUAAGGCGUUUAAAAAGCACCUAGUGGAGCUUUCGGAGCUGGAAAUCAAGCACGCAAAGGCACAAGUUGAGACGCUGCGGGGCUGCAUAGCCACACUCAAGGCGACCACAUAGACCUCGAGGAGCUUGCCCCUACCACCGGCUGGCCCGGCACGCGCCAAGAGACGCCUCCCCGCCCGGUCACCCCCCUAGACGCAGUAUCUCAGUGAGAGGAACUGCGUGGGACCUCAGACACUGACGUGGAACCGAUCGCUGGAAAUCCAGGACUUGGAAAUCACUGACGAGCCCGGAUUUACCGGAUCGGGUGCCAGUGCGUGUGUCAAACAGGAGCUAUUUGAUAUUUCUGCGCCAACUGAACGACUUGUUGACGAUUGUAUCACACAACUGGACCUCUUUCUGUCUGAAAUACUGCAUCAGCACAAACCCCCCACCGAGAACAGGCAUGGAUCUACUCCCGGUGACGUCACUCUGUGUAUGACAUCACUCAUAGACGUCUACGUUGAACCAUGACACGCACUCGUGGCUACGCCCUGCUGGUGAUUUCGAUUGGCCUUCCCAACCGAGCGGUGAUCCGUGGAAGGCUCUCCCACGCACAGCAGCCGCUGACUUACGCUCGGGGGCCGGCCGUGGUGGUGAGCCGGGCGGACGGGGGAGCUCUGUGGGCUGAGUCAGGUCGGUGAUGUGUGGACCGCCUCGCGCUAACGUGGAAUAGACCAUCCAGUGGGGUAGGGGAAUUCGCCGAGGCGCGUCCACCGCUGACAGCUGAUGGUCGCCAUAUGCGGCUGAAACCAGGGGAGAGUUGUGGCCACGCACGAUCGCGAGAAGCUGAACGGACGGAACCUCUGCGGUGGACCCACAUUCGAGAAGCCCAUCUGCGUUUGUUUGGAGAGGGUGAUUGAUGUGCCGAAUCAUGUCUCUUCUGCGGAGGGCGUGAUUCUGGGUGAAUUUCCCGUUCGGAUUGUGACUGGACUAACGCGUGCUGUGGUGGGGUGUCUGCCGGGUGUCGGACCGAGCCCAGUUUGCUCCUGUGACGUCAUGCCCACCGGGAGGGGCGGAACCAGCAGCAUUCCAGUGGUGGCCGCUGGGUGACCGGACUGUGCUGCGGAGGCUAUUCUUGUGGGUGGGUGGAUGGGGUUCGUGGUCUAUUCAGCCAAAUUUGAAGUCUGUCAGGAUGUUCUCAGUUUCGAGGGCAGAAAAAUCAGUUUGCGUUACAUUUAUGAAUGAUUUAUUUCCUUUCUGUGUCCAAACGUAUGUCUAAGAAGCUCGUAAGAUUUUCGUGGCUGGUUUAGUCGGCUGCUUUCCGUUUAUGGGUUGGAGUUCCACGCAUUGCCAAAUGUCCAGUAAGAGCUCUAUGCGCGACUCCUGUGUGUAAGGCUUGCGCGUCAACUGUGUGUUGACUGCUUAUGGGAUAUAUGUUAGCGUUUGGAUAACUAUCCUGCAUGUGAUAUCCGUAUAUAUUUAUUGAUACUGGCUGAUAGUUACGUAGGCUAUGCUUGGUGGCAAGUUCCGAGUUAGUUGAAUUAUGUACCGCGCAGAUAGUCAUUUGCUUUACAUGCUUCUGUAUGCAAUGCGUCUCAAAAUCAUGUGUUUAUUUUGUAUCGCUCAAUUAUUCACUACCUUAUGUUGUUAUUGAUUGUUGAACUGUAUCCUCUUUCUAAUGCUAUGCGUGUGCUGUUGACAGCUUCAUGUUUGUAUGUACAUGCUCAAUGGAAAUUGCCGUGCACAAGAGCUUGUCGAAAUGACCUCUCCCGCUAAGGGUCUCUUUCUUGCCAGAUUUGCACAGGUGCGUUACGCAGUGCGUUUGAACGCGCAGGCGACUCUAUGUUUUCUCAUUAUUGGGCGACGUAUUGGACUAUCGUAGGCCACUGCCCAGAAACCGAGCUAUGCUCUUCGCGUGCGUCCUACACCCUAAAUGGGCGCGUAUGGCAGUGUGGGGCUAGCGCACGGCGGAUUGGAGGCUUUGUGUGGUCGCGUCGAAACGCGGUAAAUCUGAGCAGUUUAGCGCAGUGGUAUGGACAUAUCAGCCAAUGCGGGAUUUUAAUCCUUCAAAUAUCAAGUUAAAAAUAAUCAUGUUCUUACCAGAUUACAGUUAUUUUACAGUUAUUUUGAUAUAAACACUGCAUAGUCAGGCAACAUUUUCUUGGUUGGCCGAUAUGUCCUUCUUUGAUCGUAGAGGCUGUCACUAUCGUCAGUUGUAUCCCAUCGGGCUAGUGCCUAGGGCCGCUCGAAAACACUGUUUCUCGUUCGGAAGAUAUCGAUUAUCGUCCCAGGUAUGUCGCGUGCGUCACAUUUGUAACUACGCCGCGCCGUGCUGUGCAUGAUCAUAACUGCUGUGCGACAGCUGACUUGUAUAUCGGAGAAUAUAACUCGAGCUGUGA